CUCCCUUAACCACAGCCACACCGACGUCACUCCUCGUUCCACCAAACCAUCUUACAUGAUACCCAACGAUAAGAAACCCAAACAAACAGAACAAACUUUGUCAACAAAAAGACUCGCCCGUCGGGGUUGGAGCAACCAUGUUGUCAAGGUUUUUCAACCGCUCGUAUGCCGCAGCCAUGUCGUCCCGCGGAGAGUACCAACCCCUCCCAAACAAUGAUGAACCAGAAAACAACACCAUGGAGGGACAAGAUGUCAGAGCUGGGAACUAUCGUGAUGCAGCGGCUAUGUUGCUCAUCAAAAUGGGUCGUUCGCCGGAUGAGCAGAUCACCAUUUCGCCAGCUGACGAUGCCCGGAUUCUACGGCGUAUUGACAUUGCGUUACUGCCCCUCAUGCUCUCAGUGUACUUCCUCCAAGCUUUAGACAAAGCAACAUUAUCAUACGCCUCAAUAUUCGGCCUUAUCGAAGACACCAACCUCGAAGGCGAUCAAUACUCAUGGCUCGGAAGUAUUGUGUAUCUCGCGCAAUUAAUAAUGCAACCACCGCUCGCCCUCGCGCUAGUCAAGUUACCCAUCGGAAAACUCACGAGCGCUAUGGUGUUGGCGUGGGGAGUCACGCUUGUUCUAAUGACUUGGGCGAGCAAUUUCAAGACAUUGAUGGUUGCGAGGUUCUUUCUGGGUGCGUUUGAAGCUAGUAUUGGACCGAGCUUUAUUGCGAUUACGCAGAUGUGGUGGAGGAGAAGAGAGCAGACGUUGAGAAUUGGAUCGUGGUAUUGUAUGAAUGGGUUGACGUGGGUGCUCGGGAGUCUCAUUACUUAUGGACUAGCACAUAUUGAUUCCAAGAUGAAGCCCUAUCAGAUCAUAUUUCUCUUCUUCGGCGCAAUCACAGUAGGAGUGUCCUUCGUCAUGUUCUUCUGGAUGCCUGAUUCACCCACCGAAGCCAAGUUUCUUACCGACGAAGACAAGAUCAUUGCAAUCGAGCGUCUUCGCAAUAACCAAAUGGGUGUCAUGUCUCGCGAGUGGAGGAUUUCUCAUGUUGUUGAGACUUUGAAGGACCUCAAGACAUGGUGCUGGGUUGCCAUGAUCUUUUGCAUCUCCGUACCUUCAAAUGGCAUCUCGACUUUCGGGCCUUUGAUCAUCAAAUCAUUUGUGUCGGAUCCCUUUGAGACGAUGUUAUUCAACGUCCCUGUUGGUGUUUCGCACAUCAUCGCUGUGUCGGCGAGUGCUUAUGUUGCCAUGAAGUGGAAGCUCAAGGGCCCGGUCAUCGUUAUGCUGUGUAUCCCUCCCAUCGUUGGAUGCGCCAUUCUCUUACACUUUGCGCAUAAUCUUGAGAACAAGGGGGUUUUGCUGGCUGGCUAUUUCUGCUUGUGCACAUACACUGGUAUCACACCCUUGAUUUACUCAUGGUCAUCACAAAACACAGCCGGCGACACAAAGCGCAAGUCCACAUCAGCACUCAUCUUCAUCAGCGCCUCAGCCGGCAACAUUAUCGGUCCUCUACUCUACUCUCCCGAUGAAGCACCAGCUUACACCCGCGGUCUUCGCGCCAACCUCGCACUAUACAUCAUCGUUAUCGCUCUCGUGGUACUCACUUCUCUGCACCUCACUCGACUGAACCGCCUUCACAGCCAGCGCAGAGUCGCGCUUGGAAAGAGUGCCGUGCUUGUCGAUCGAAGUCUGGAGACGGCGGAAGAGGCGGAGAGGAUAGAGCAUAUGGAGAGAUCAUUGCGUGGAGGGGUACUGCGUGAGGCGGAAGAGAAUGAGGAUGAUAGGGUUACUGAGUCGGGAGAUUUGGAAAGGGAUAGAGCGGAUCGGAAGGAUGAAGAUAAAGGCUUUGGUGAUAUCACGGAUUUGGAGAAUGAGGAUUUCUUGUUUGUGUUUUGAUACCCUGGCACAGGAAUAUUCAAUGACGUUGCGACUGUUCACAUAGAGAUACAAAGAUUCAGUAUCAAAAUUUACAUCUUUCUUCAACAA